AUGGCGCGCGCUCUGAACCACAUGACUGCCAGCCAGGUGGAUGCUGCUCAUUACUCACACGAGGAACAGGAAAACAGGGACAGACUCUCAGGAGAGGAGACACAGCCUAUCGACCUGUCAGACUAUCCAGUGGAUAACCAGCAGACUAUCCAGUUGACUAACCAGUGGACUAACCAGCGGACUUAUCAGUGGACUAUCCAACAGACUAUUCAGUGGACUAACCAGCAGACUAUCCAGUUGACUAUCCAGUUAACUAACCAGUGGACUAACCAGCGGACUAUCCAGUGGAGUAACCAGCGGACUAUCCAUUGGACUAACCAGUGGACUAACCAGCAGACUAACCAGUGGACUUACCAGCGGACUAACCAGUGGAAUAAGCAACAGACUAUCCAGCAGGCUAUUCAGUGGACUAUCCAGUGGACUAUCCAGUGGACUAACCAGUGGACUAUCCAGUGGACUAACCAGCGGACUAUCCAGUGGACUAACCAGCGGACUAUCCAGUGGAGUUACCAGCGGACUAACCAGUGGAAUAAGCAACAGACUAUCCAGCAGGCUAUUCAGUGGACUAUCCAGUGGACUAACCAAUGGACUACCCAGUGGACUAACCAGCAGACUAUCCAGUAG